AUGCCUCGACCGCGCGAGGCCAUCGUCUCGGCGGAUCGCCUGUUGCGAGAUAGCCGCUUCUCGGCCAGUGCUCGCCGGGCAAUCUUUCAAAAAAGGAAGGAUUACGCGUCAAAAGUUGCGUUGGCGUUCUUUUUGCAGACGUUGGCCCGCUUGGUGACUGAGCAUCGAGCCGGUCUUCUCCCUGACGACUUUAAUGCUGACGAAGCUAUCCUCUUCCUCUGCCUGGCGGCGACAAACAUGGUCAAGAAUGCAACUCGUGAAUUGGAGCGGCCGCCUGUUGAAAUUGCUGAGAAUGGAACUCCUCACGUGAACUUGGCUCGUUUUACAGAAACGGCAUGGGCACAAUGUUUUGGACUCACAAAUGUGGCGCAGUUUGAGCGACUAGCAGCCGCGCUGGCCCUCCAUAUCGACGAGCACCUGCCCGUCCCACUCCGGAAGGCCCUGCUCGCUUUCUUCGCUCUAUUCCACCGAUCGUCGCGCCUCAUCGACGCCAUCCACACCUUGGGAGUGUCCUGGACGGUACCCAAAAUGUCUCAAGUCAUAAAUCAGUUUGCGCUGGCCGUGGCGAAAAAGUUUCAGCGCCGGUUGGCCUUUGAUGCACGUUUCUUUCAACCGGACUGGACCAGAGCCGCUGUUGCUGCCGUGGCCGCAAAAGGAUCUCCAUUGCCAGGAAUUUGCGCCUUCAUUGACGGCACUGGUCAAAAUUUGGCGCGCCCUAAAGGAAAAGACAACCAGGCCGCCUUUUACUCUGGUAAAGACUCGAAGCACACCACUCGCUAUCAAGGUGUUGUGGCACCGAACGGUGUCCUCGGAGUGCCCGGCUAUUCGGAUGCUCACUUGGAUGUUGGUUGCCGGGACCUGGCUUACCUCAACAUGGCCACGGUCAAGGACGCAGCGACCCAGCGACCAGCGGAGAUCAUUGCCCUCCGCUCCAAGGCGGCACUGGACGACCUGAUGGCCAAGUGCGCGCUGGACCUGCAGCAGGCAUAUCUGGCCUCACGCGAGUGGGGCGUCAGCACAGUCUUGACCAUGCGGGGUCGAGACAAGUUGCGUCGCUUGAGCGACACGACCUUUGCCAUUGCGGUCGUGUCCAUGAUGGGUUUUGGCCUCCAUGAACUCAUCAACAUCAAGCCGACGGACAAGUGCCCGCUCUGCAGCAGCAAGACACCUCAGCCGCGACUGACCCGCGAGCACCUGCUGACCUGCCGUCCCAUCAAGCGACACAACGCCCUUCGCGACGAGAUGGGCCGCCUGCUCAGGUACGCCACCCUCUCCCAUGUCUGGGUGGAAAAGUCUGGCUACAACGCCAACGGUCAGAGCUGCCGCAUCGACCUGCACUGCCGCAACCCCUUUCCCGGCGGUGCUCUGGGCCCAGCUCUGCCCGACCUGGGCAUUGACGUGACUGUGCGCACAGCCCAACCCCCGACCACCUCGCAAGCCUGCAUCAAGGUGGGCGCUGCCCUUCGCCGAGCCGAAAAGGAGAAGCGCGACUACUACACCGCCGAAAAGGAGAAGCGCGACUACUACACCGGUUUCAACCAUGGAAAAACUCUGAUCGUCCCUGCGGCGAUGACGACAACCGGUGGGUUCGCCUCCUCCUUUGUGGAUCUGCUUGGUCAGCUCGCCCGCUGCGCCGAGGCCCGUGGUGUGUACCAGCCGGGGCUGGAUGAGGCCUUUGUUCCUCGAUGGAAGGGUCGCUUUGCGGCGCUGGUCCAUCAGAUGAACGCUGACCACAUCCAGCGCCACUUUGGCGGUGUCUGCCUGCGCUCGUCGUAG